AUGUUUUGGCCGGACGCGGGACGAUGCCUUCCUGGUCGGACGGUGAGAUCGUGCAUGGUAUACGGGUGGUGCGCAGUCAGGACGAACGCAAGGCGAUGCCUUCCUGUUUACGUACCGUGGUCGUGCGCGGCACAUAGCCGUGAGACUGAAUGGGUCGACCACGGGCAGUUGCUUCCCGGGUUGGUAUGUGCGCUUGGCCGUGCACUAGGCGGUAUGGACGUGAUGUUCCGCGCGGUCUUUGCCGCUGCUGCGCGGUUAAAGCCGUCUGGACCAGUCUUCGCUAAAUUGAUUAUAACUCCGUUUUUACUCAUCCAAAUGAUGCGAAUCCAGUUGAGUUGGAGAGUUAACUCACUCAUGACACUCAGAGAACCAGUCAUGAUGAAAUCCAUUGAGUAG